UGUAGGUUCCACGUAAGCUGGCCACUUGUGGCUGCCUCGCCGCCUAUCAAAGGCGGUGCUCGCCUAAGGCACGCGGCAAUGGCGCCCAAAGCGGUUCAGGGCCAUUUCUGCGAGCUGCCGGAGCGAGGCGUCAAGCUCUACUAUGAGAUUCAAGGCCCAAUGCGGCGUGAUUUUCAAGGCGACAAGGAGGAGGUGCUCUUCCUACUGCUGGGCUCCGUGGCUGAUCUGCGGAAGACCACGGACCAGCAGUUCGUGAACGCCGGGGUGGGGAUGCUGAAGGUCUUUGCAUAUGAUCACCGUAAUAGCGGGCGAUCGACCAUCAAGGACGAGCCCUGCACGAUGGAGGACUACGCGGACGAUGCGGCAGCCCUACUUCAGGCGGUGAUGCCUGACAGGCGCCCGGUCUCGGUGAUGGGCGUGUCCUUCGGCGCCAUGGUGGCGCAGCACUUGGCCCUGAGGCACCCGCAGCUCAUCAAGAAGCUCGUGCUUUGUUGCGGCCCCAGCGGUGGUGAGGGCGGCAUGUCCUAUCCCAUCCACGAGUGGUACGUGCCCGGUGUGUCCAUGGAAGACCGUGUGGUGCGAAGGAUCUUCCAGGCAAAUAGCUCCAGGGACGACGCCUGGAAAGAGAGGUGUAAGAGCGAGUGGGAAAUGGUCCACACGCUGCUUCUGCGAGACGAGAAGGUCGGCCUGGAGGAGCCACUGCGGCAGGUUGGCAUCCAGCGCCAGCUGGAGGCGCGGCGAGGCCAUGACACCUGGCAGAGGUUACCGGAGCUGCAAAAGAUCGAGACGCUGGUCUGCGGCAGCCCAGAGGACCAGAUCACGCCGGUGGAGCUGCUGGAGAAGAUGGCCAACCGCGUGGGCUGUGAGAAGAAGCUGGACUUUGAGGGCGGGCAUGCCUUCCCUGCGGCGGACGCCAAGUGCAUGCCGUUCAUCAACGACUGGCUGCGGAGGCCAAGAGAGUCCGCCACCAAUGGCCACAGCAUCCUUUGGCCGCUCGGGGCGAUUUGGCAACCGAUGGUCGA